AUGGCUCUCGGCGAACAUUCCAUUGAGACCCCUCCGCGGGCGGCGUCUCCAGUGCAUCGAUUCGGAACUCUCGCCGUGCAUGCGGGCUCGCCCCACGAUCCAGUCACAGGAGCUGUCAUAGAACCUAUCUCCUUGUCAACCACCUUUGCGCAAAGCUCCGUCGGGAAGCCUGUCGGGCUCUACGAAUACACACGAAGCUCGAAUCCCAAUAGAGACAACUUCGAGACCGCCAUCGCAGCCCUAGAACACGCCCGCUAUGCCCUCGCCUUCUCCUCCGGCUCCGCAACGACAGCCACGAUCCUUCAAUCCCUCGCCGCGGGCUCCCACGUUGUCUCCAUAUCCGAUGUCUACGGCGGCACACACCGGUACUUCACAAAAGUCGCCGCCGCGCACGGCGUCCACGUCACCUUCUCCCCCUCCAUCGAGAUUGAAAUCAGCGAGCUGAUCCGGCCCGACGAAACAAAGCUCAUCUGGAUCGAAACCCCCAGCAACCCGACGCUCAGCCUCGUCGACAUCCGCGCCGUCGCCUCCGUCGCGCACCAGCAUGGCAUAAUGGUGGUUGUCGACAACACGUUCCUCUCGCCGUACGUGCAGAACCCGCUCGAUCAUGGAGCGGACAUCGUCGUGCACUCUGUGACCAAGUACAUCAACGGGCACUCGGACGUGCUGAUGGGGGCUGCCGCAUUCAACAGCCCCGCGCUGUACGACCGCCUCUCGUUUCUCCAGAACGCGAUUGGAGCUGUGCCGAGUGCGUUCGACUGCUGGCUCGCGCAUAGGGGGCUCAAGACGCUGCAUCUGCGCGCGCGGGAGGCGAGCGCGAACGCCGCGGUCAUCGCAUCAGCGCUCAAGGCCUCCGCGCACGUCGUCGCUGUGAACUACCCCGGCCUGUCGUCGCAUCCACAGCACGCUGUCACGCUGAAGCAGCACCGCAACGGCAUGGGCGGGGGCAUGUUAUCCUUCCGGAUACGGGGCGGCCAGGGCGCUGCAGAGCGGUUCUGCCAGGCGACGAAGAUCUUCACGCUCGCCGAGAGCUUGGGCGGCGUCGAGAGUCUGGUUGAGGUUCCAGGAAGCAUGACGCAUGCGGGGAUCCCGAGGGAACAGCGCGAGGCGGCGGGCGUGUUCGAUGAUUUGGUAAGGGUGAGCUGUGGGAUUGAGGAUGGAGAGGAUUUGAGGAAGGAUGUGCUGCAGGCGCUUGAGAAGGCGGUCGUGGGGCCGAAGAUCAGUAAUGGGGUUAAUGGGAGUGUGUGA